UAACCAGCAAUAGCAGUCCUCUCUGAAGUUGACGCCACCGAGUAGGAGUUCUGAACUCUGCAGAAUGUCAUCCCACUGGAUAUGGCUCCAAACUCUGUCGACGACAUGUAUGCUGGCUGUAAAGACAAGAUGGAGCAAAAGGUGAAGACUGAGUUUCUGCUGAAUGAAAGGAACAAGAACAAAAAUUACUCUCUGGCCUGGAAUGAGGCAGAAAAGUAUUACAACAAGAAAUGGAACCGUAAACAUGGAAAGAAACAGUUUGGCACCUUGGGAAAGGAACAGAUCAUGGCCAUCUACAUGUACACCCUUGACAAACCUGCAAUCUAUGCUGAGUUCAACGAAGCGGUUCGAACACAGAGAUCCCAGUACAAGAGCACAUUUGGGUAUCAUACACUGCACUUUUUCCUCUCAAGUGCCCUCCAAGCUCUCAACUCUCUCAAACCUCAAGCGCAAAGAUGCAUCACAGGAUUCCGCAGAGUCAACAAGUACUUCAGCCAAGAUGUUCUCAACAAGGAGGUUCGCUUUGGCUCGUUUACCUCCAGCUCAAUGGGUUGGUACCCUCGUCCUGACAAAUUUGGUGAUAAAACCUGCUAUGAGAUUUACACAUGCUUCGGAGCAGACAUUUCUCUGUACUCCAAGCUUGGCGAGUCGGAGAGAGAAGUCUUGAUUCCCCCUUAUGAGGUCUUUAAAGUCACAAAGUUGGAACGGCAAUCUGAGAAGAAAAACCUCAAAUGUGACUUUGUUUAUAAAGUGAAGAGCACACGAACUCUGUCCAACUCAAAUUGUGCAUUUUUCUGAAUUCUUGUCACUUGAUGCUGUCUUAUGCUGAUGAACAGAUUAAUUCUCUGUUCUAUUAAACAUAAAGUA